UACUGCAUGAACAAUCUUGAGGGUUUAGCAGGUUUGAUUUGAAAAAAUAAUCUUAUUUAUUUUAUAUAAUAUAUUGUUUGACUCAAAUAUAUGAAUUUAUAUGUAUAUUUCUGCUUUGUGUAUGUAUAUAUUCUCUAUAUUUUGAAUAAGAAGAAUUAUAUUGAAUUGUAAGAAUCCUAAAACAUGGAAUCAGAAGUCACUGUGAACAACACUUUUGUUGGGACUGACAUACAUCCCUGCUAUGAAAUAGAGAAUUUCAAUUACAUAUUGACAAACAACCCUUCCAUUAUAUGUGUAUUAUUAUAUAUUUUCCUUGUAUUAUUGUCUGUAAUCACAAUAUGUGGAAACCUUCUCGUUAUAAUCUCCAUCAUUUACUUCAAACAGCUCCAUACUCCUACUAAUUACCUUAUUCUCUCUCUGGCUGUGGCUGACCUGCUUGUUGGGAUUAUAGUCUUUCCUUUCAGCAUGGCAUUCUCUCUCAGCUCGUGUUUGUAUCAUGAGGAUUUAUUUUGUAAAGUACGAGGCAGUUUUGAUAUAUCACUGAGCACAUGUUCCAUUCUGAACCUAUGUUGUAUUUCUAUUGACAGAUAUCAUGCUGUGUGUCAGCCUCUGACAUACAGAACUAAAAUCAACCCUCGUGUUGUUGUGAUCAUGAUCCUGAUGAGCUGGAGCGUUUCUAUUGCUGUUGCAAUUGGCCUUACAAUUGUAGGAUUAAAUUCUGAAAAUUGUGAGGGAAAGUGUACUACUGAUCUUCAACUUGCAAACAUUUUGGGACCUAUUUUCUCAUUUUACCUCCCAGCAAUCAUAAUGCUCUGUAUCUACCUGAAGAUUUUCCUUGUUGCACAGAAACAGGCACACAGCAUCCAGAACACAAAGUCUGGAGCAACUGUCAGUAAGAUGGAAAGAAAGGCCACCAAAACUCUGGCUAUUGUUUUGGGAGUUUUUCUUUUAUGUUGGACUCCUUUAUUUCUUUGCAUUUCCAUUGUGCCUUUUAGUAAUAAUUCAGUACCAGUUCCUGUGAUUGAAACACUUAACUGGCUUUCACUGUCAAACUCCAUGCUUAAUCCAUUUAUUUAUGCUUUCUUUUACAGCUGGUUCAGGUCAGCUUUUAGAAUGAUCAUAUCUGGAAAAAUGUUUCAGGGUGAUUUUGCUAACUCAAAAUUGCACUGAAUUACUCAAGCUUACUGAACCUCAGCAUUACAUAUUGGUAAUAGAAAUAUAACCUUUUGCCUGUCUUUUAGGUCCAAAACUAGUUGAAACUGAAAUGCAGGUGCAUUAUGGGGUAAUGCAAGUACAUGCAAUGCUGCAGAUGGCUUAAAUGAUAAAUAGAUUGCAUUUAUUGUGUGCUGGUCUACCAACUACUCAAAACACUUUACAACUUAUGCCAACCUUCACCCAUUCACUCACUGAUGGUAGAACAUGCAAUGUAAGGUGCCAACCUUCUCAUCAGGAGCAAUACAGGGAUUCCUAUCCAGAGUGCCAUGGUAUAAUUCACACAGUGGCUUGCAGGGAAGCCCUAUUUUCCAGUGUGCACCACUACUAUAUAUUUUACAUGCACGCACAUGUAUGGAAUUGUACAGUCAAUAUCUGUUACUACUACAGACAUAAUAUAAUAAUAUACAUAAUAUGGUCAAUAACAUUUCCUAGAGGCUAAAUAACAACAACAUACGGCUAAUGUUUCAGAAUCAAAAAUACAUUCAUUUAAAGAAAAAAACUAUAAAAUAAAAAAAUCAUGAAAUCAACAGGGGGACACAGGCAAUGUUUUUCUGCUACUUGAGGUUAUAAACUGUCAAUAUGGCCCUUUUACUUAUACUUUUACUCAGUGCUGUAGUCAAGACCAUUUUUGUCCAAGACCAGGAUUAGUCAGGACCGAGUGAAGUCCAAGUCCAAAGAGGUUUGGAGUCCAAGUCAAGACCGAGUCCAAAUGAGAGACAGAGGCAAGACCGAGACAGGUCUUUUUUUUACUAGAAAAAACAAACAUAUAUUGCUAGACUCGGACAAGAUCAACUAGAAUAUUUUGCGGGACCAAUAACCAAGUCUAAGACAAGUCCGAGUGCAAAUACAAACAAUUCCCAGAAAUGUCUUGACUCCAGACUUGAGUACUACAGCACAGCCUCUAUGACUGUAGCUACAAAUAUUACUGUUUUAGCUACUAUUACUAUAAAAUGACCUGACAAGAACUAGAGAUUAGGCCCAUUCUCAAAUCUUAAAUAGAUUAGGGUUAGAGUAUUUUUUGAGGGGGCAGGAGACUUUUGGUUUCAUGCCCUAGGAAACAUAUGAUCUGUCUACCUGAAUGAUGAUCUCAUUUUCAGUACAGUAUGUUACUCUGGCAUGUAAUGUCAUCAAAGAUCAAAAGUCUCACAGGCUAUUGGACAACUACAGAAUGUAUUCAUUAUGGUAAUUAGAAAGGGGUAGUUAAAAAUAAAGUUUGAGCCCAGACGCACAGGCAUAGGGAGCACCCAUCAACACUGAUAGGUAAAUUAUUUAGAGCAUUUGACGUGAACUGAAAAUCUUUUUGUUUAUAGAUCUUAUGUUUUAAAUAAAUAAAUAAUUCAUAGAAAACUGAUUUGCAGGAAAAACAUGGCACCAGAAGUCAACCGCACUUAUGUUUACUUCCAUCCCUGUUAUGAAAUAAAUAAAGUGUUCUCACUGACAAGCA